GGACCCGGAAGUAAGAUGCAGCAGUAGUCAUAGCAGCCGUCGUCAGUUCAACAUUUAUUAAAACAAACAUGUGAAUGUUUUAGUUUUUGAGUUUUAAAAUGGCAGGAAUUUUAUUAAAAUGGCUUUGUCUGUUUAACGCAGUGAUUCACUGUUUCGCAGACGAUGUCAGCUACGUCAGUGGGUUCUAUUCCAACACACCCCAGAGGCUGUCCAAGUAUAGUUGGUUCGGGAACGCACGCCUGUUUCGGUUCCAGGUUCCGGAAGGGGCGGAGCUUGUACGCUGGUCGCUAACAGUGAUGCGCAGCUCUGGGUUCAGCUGCGGAGACCAGAACAUCACCGUACACUUCCGGGCCGGAGCACCGCCGGUCAUCAACCCUAUUAAUACGGCGUUCCCAAACUCCACGGCCUUCUCUCUGGCCUAUAACCUGACUGUGAGUGUGAAUCAUGCUCAGGCCUUGAGCGUCACGCUGUUUAAUGUGACGCAGCCCGAAGCUGGAGACUGGUUCAUCGCCGCCCAUCUACCGAAAGACGACGGCAAGAUAGAACAGCAGGGGCUGCCGUCAUGUUCGUAUUUGUUGCAGCCGCAGAUGUACGUCAAGAGGGCCAUCGACACACCCAUCCUGCAAACCAACAUUCCACUCACUCAGACACUCACUCAGCAACGUGCUCAGUACAGGGUUUUUGUUCCCGAGUUCUCCUCCAAGCUGGAUGUCUUUAUCCAGUCGUGCUCUGUACAGACUGUUCCUGUGAGUGAGUGCUCACUGUCAAUCACUUUAGGCUCCACCUCUUUGGGCCAGAGCUCAGUGAUUACAAUGAACUGCUCCGGGAACGGGUCAUGCUCUGCUUCUCUCUCCAAUCCACCGUGGAGCACCUGGGUGAGAGUUUCAGUGGAAAUCAGCCACGUGAACGUGACGACGACUUUCAGCAUCUUGGCAAACUACACAGUGGGUUGUAAACCCUCAAGUGUUCCUUCAGAUGUGAACAUCUCCUUUCCCCUGAGCAGCUCGUCUCUCAUCGUGUCCCCCAGAAACUCCUCGGGUGACGUCUCGCUCUACGCCAACAGCUGUCUCCAGACCCCGGUUGUGUUACGGGACGUGCAGGACGUCUUUUCAGUUCGCUUUGCGAUUGCGAACAGCACUGUAACCGCACUGUCCCAUAUCCCCACCCUGCUAACCCUGGAGCUGGACUCUACAGACAGCGGAGGGUCGCUAAUCCUCCAGCUCGACCUCAACAUGUCCUCUGUGAUUGGUCCAUUUGACAGUGUGAGGGCGUGUCUGACACCUUCUGUUCCUGUUCUGCAACUCAACACCAGCCAGUCAUGUGAUGCAGGAUAUUCACUCCGAAUAAACAGUAAUGAAACGAAGGCGUUGUUGAGGAUUCCCUUUCCUAAAGCAGCAACGUGGUACCUCAGUCUGCAGAGCAUCUGUAACAGCAGUGUCGUGUGCAGUAACAGCUCGGCUGUGGUGGGCGUGGCAGUGAGUGUGAACGCAUGUAUUGAUGACUGCGGUCCGUACGGAGAUUGCAGGCUACUGCGCACACAGAGCUACCUGUACACUGCCUGUGUGUGUAAAACAGGGUGGUUGGGAUGGAGCUGCUCAGAUGGCUCGAGCGCUCUGUCGUUCUCUCGGCAGUUAGCCGCAGUGCUUCUGCUCACACUCAGUAACCUGCUGUUCAUCCCUCCCAUUGUGGUGGCGCUGUACCGAGGCUACCACACCGAGGCCACCGUCUACCUCUUCACCAUGUUCUUCUCGACGUUUUAUCAUGCAUGUGAUCAGCCCGGCGUGACGGUGCUCUGCAUCAUGGACUAUGACACACUGCAGUUCUGUGACUUCCUGGGCUCAGUGGUGGCCGUGUGGGUGACCAUCGUCUGCAUGGCACGACUGAAGGACACACUGAAAUACGUCUUCUUCUUGGGUGGGGCACUCCUUAUUGCCAUGGCGAUGCAGCUGGACCGCAGAGGUUUGUGGAACCUUCUAGGUCCUGUGCUGUUUGCGUUAGCCAUCAUGUUAACUGCUUGGAUUUAUCGGGGUGUAAAACGUCGUCAGUGUUAUCCACCCACAUGGAAGCGCUGGGUUUUCUUCCUGAUUCCCGGCAUCAUAUCGGCACUCAUCGGCCUGUGUGUGUACGUCUUCGCUCAGACAGACAACAACUACUACUACACACACUCUAUCUGGCACAUCAUGGUAGCCACCAGUGUGGUGUUUCUCCUGCCACCGCGUGAGAAGAGCAUGCCGCCCUGGGGUUGGACACACAAAAUCUGUGGAUAUAAAAUCUGCCUCAAUGAGAAGGAAGAGCUUCACAUUGUCUCCUAAACACACACACACACACGACAUGCUGGACAUUUGAACCAAUGCUGUGUAAUGGUCAGCUUCACACAUGGAUUGUGUUGCUGAUUGGGGACGGGGUUUGAUUUCACUCAGCCAUCUUUGAGUGGAGAUGAGAAAGUUACAUGUUACCAAAAAAACCCAAAACAACCAAAGCCACAACACAAAUACAACAGCAAGUCAGAAAACGUUAAAUUGUGAAACACAACAUGAGCUCUGAACAGAAAGGGGCGGGCCUUACUGAGUAUGACUUGCUUGCUGCUGACUGGACACGGUGUAUCACAUGACAAUCACAGACUAUCACAGUCUGUUAUUAAGUUGAAUACAAAGUUCCAGUACGGAGGAAGUCUUCACUGUGAACAGCCCGAUUUCCUUUCAGCAGAAUUUCCGCAUUCGUAUUCUCGUAUUAACCUCCUAGGGCUUAGCGGUCACAUGCGUGGACAGCACUUUAUGGAAAUUCGGAACAAGAAUCCACAUAUGUGGACAUACUUUUUCUUUAAAAGCACAUCUUAUCAAAAGAUGAUGCUUAGUUUUUAUUCUAAUCAGGUUCUAAUAAGCCCAAAUAGCAAAGAGAAAUAAAAAAUGCAUGUAAAAAAAACAGCUCGGGCCUUAGGAGGUUAAUGUGUGGAAAGUUUAUAGCAAAUACGAACCAAAAAGUAAAAACCUUAAAAGUGUGAAAUAAAUGAGAGAAAAAGUAGAAAUAUGUGCUCCUCUUCUGUCGUUCUCCUUAACCUUAAACCUGAUAGUUAUUUUUAUUCAAUAAAGGAAAUUAAAAAUAAAGUAUGAAUGCACUAAAAGCUUCAGUAGAUUUCCUGUGACACAUCCUCCAGCCAAUCAGGAACAAGCAUGUGCUGUGGGACCACCCCUUUCUGUUUUGAGUGAAAAUCGAUGUGUUUUUGUUAUUGUUGUUUUGUUUUUGGUAAGCUGUAAUACAGUAAAGGGUGUGGCUGAGGUGGAACAGUGUGACAUCACCGUGGAUGGAAACGAGUUUUUAUAAUAAUUUUAUAAUCAGAUUUGGAACUCGUACGAAAAUCAUACACCGAGUUCCUGCAGUAUGAUUUAUACGCUGGUUCACUCUGAGUCUCAGACACAACCAGGAGCACUUCAUUAUUUACAUUAAUACCAUUACUGUGGCCAGUGAGAGUAUAUACACUGUACACUCGUGACAAUCAAAUAUGUUUAAUAUCUAUUCAGGAUUGUCAUUAAAUCAUAAAGCAGCUUUAAUCCCUUUAAAAAUAAAGGAAAAAUGGUACUUGAUAAGGCACUUUUAUAAAUUAUACAUGAAAUUUUGGUUGAGAGUGUAUUUUUUUUUGUGUGUGUGUGUGUGAGAGAGAGAGACCUUUAUUCUCUGGGUUUCUUGGUUCACUUAUGUUGUACUUUUUAUUGUCUUUGUGGUUCUGAAUCUGGCAUUAAGGGGUAUGGACCUCUUCAGCACUUCACUGCAGUUUUGUGUGUGUGUGCAUGUGUGCGUGAUGAUUAAUCAGUAGUUAAUAAGGGCCUGGGUUCUGCAGAGAAUAAUAUAAUUAAAAUAUUGUAUUAAUAAAUUGUUCUUUUCUGUUCUAAGUUUGAAAUUUGUUUUGUAAGCACUUUUUAAAACUGAUUAGUCUUAAUAAAAUGAUUUACUUCA